AUGCACAAAAAUAUUGACUACACAACCGUCGAUGGUACCCAGAAAUGGGCUAUCCUUCGAGAGCAUUGGAAAUAUGGCCUGUGGGCCCUUUGGUCCUCCAUCGGUUCAAUGAUGCUGGGCUGGGACUAUGUCGCUGGAGGCCAGCUCGCUGCACUUCCCGAGUUUAGAAAGCAAUUUGGAGUUCGUCAAGAAGAUGGCUCCAUGCUUCUCCCAGCCCAUUACCUUGCUGCCUGGGCCGCAGUUGGCCUGGCAUGUGACAUCGUUGCUGCGCUUAUUUCAGCCCCGUUCCUGGAAAAGUACGGUCGAAAACAUCAAAUAAUUGUCGCGUCGGUCAUCUCUGUUGUUGGUGUAUUGCUGCAACAGCUCGCCACAGAGUGGAAGAUGCACCUAGCUGGUCGGGCAGUAAAUGGUGCUGCCGUGGGAAUAAUGUUCACCAUUUCGCCUCUUUGGAUAGGAGAAACUUGCAGGCCAGAACUGCGAGGUUUGUUUCUCUGCUUAUUCAAUGCCAGCAUCGUCCUUGGACAGUUUCUUAUUGUUGUCAUUGGUUACGGGUCUAGUAACAUCGAGGGCAAGUGGCAAUGGUGGACAGUCGUUGUCUCGAUGUACAUAUUCCCUGCUACCUUACUUGCCGGAUACCCUUGGUUUCCUGAAUCACCUUACUGGCUCAUACGUGAGGGAAGACCAGAGGAUGCCAGGAAGUCUCUUCAGCGAAUGUAUAGCCGCGGAGCUCAAGAGUUCAUCGAGAUCGAAAUGAGUCGACUGGAAGAGGAUGUCCGAUUUAAUUCGGAACUCAACAGUGACCUCGCAGACACUGGGUUCAAGAUUUUGGGACUUCACAUUGGCGCCGAGCUUCAGUGCUUUCGGGGAAGCAACCUGAAGCGCACACUUACGGCUAUGUUUGCCGCCAGCGGACAGCAACUGAUUGGAGCAAGCUUUGUCAUUGGCUACGCAACCUAUUUCUUCGAGCUGAUUGGCAUCUCCAACUUCUUCUUGGCAUCUUGCCUAAUGUACGUUGUUAUGUUACUCUCGACCGCGGCGGCAUUCCCUCUUGUAGAGAUUGUUGGGCGUCGAGGCCUGAUUGUGCCUGCCCUGUUCGCAAUGAGCGGCCUGUUGCUAUUGAUGGGCAUCUUGGGGUGGUUUCAGGACAGGAGCGGCGCCCUGUGGGCUAUCGUCGUCAUCACGUACCUUUGGGCCGUGGUAUAUCAGGUGUCGCUGGGAGCGUGCGGCUUUGUGCUCGCAUCUGAGGUCGCGACUUUGCGUCUCCGAGCAGCUACGCAAGCAUUGGUCACCGUCAUGAAUGGUGUUUGGGGCCUCAUCAUGCAAUUUACCGUGCCGUACAUGAUUAACACGGAUGCGGGGAACCUUGGUGGCAAAACAGGACUCAUUUUCUUCGGCACUGGUAUCCUAACAGCUAUCGCAGGAUACUUUCUCUUUCCCGAGACAAAGGGUCUUUCUUUUGAACGCAUUGACGAACUUUAUAACAAGGGUACUGCUCCAAGACAUUUCAAAAAGAAAUCUAUCGAGAUGGAUCUUUCGGCCGUGUCUAGGCAGGGAGUAAAGGACGGGGAGGAUAUUGCGGACGUGGUUGAGAUUCCAAAGGUGUGA